CUUCACUGCCAGGCUUCACAAUUCAACCUGCACUGACAGUGAAUUACGGAAAAGAUGGCCUUAUUCUCUGUGUUAAUUAUCUUAGCUUGUCUGCAUGUCCACAGUGUGAGGAGUGCUAUCGGUUCCUCAGAGAUAAACUGUGCAAGUUCAAGUAACAGAGUUGUAGGAAGAGUCGAGGAGGGAUAUGAAGGAGAUGUAGAGAUCAUCACUAUCGGACCUAAUGAUCGUCUGGUUCUGGAGCCACAUAUGACUGGCAUUGUUCUGUCGCUAUUAGAGCUGGUUUACACUGAAGGAGACACAACCGCUAUCGUACGGACCAUCAGACCACUGGAUGCUGAAGAAAUAAGGAUGUAUGGAGAGUCUUUGUCUUAUUUUGUCUCCUGCUUCAGAGGGCCGAAACACGCCCGGCAGUUAUACGUUCUGGAUGUCAAUGACAACCCUCCGAUAUUCCAGAGCAAAUCAUACAGCGCCACAGUGUCAGAGGCGAUGGCCGUGGGUUCAAAUGUGCUCACGGUGACAGCUAUUGAUGCAGAUGCGACUACAGAAAACAAAAGAAUUACAUAUUCUAUAUUGCCUCCAGUACCAGAUGCCUUUGAAGUGGUAUAUGACCGUAACAACGGCAACAUCAGGUUGACUAAACCUCUGAACUACAACGAUGUUCAACAGUACAUCUUCACCGUGGAAGCUAAAGAUAUAGGAGAACUCAGAGACACAACAACAGUUACAAUAACGGUUGAAAAACAAAACACUGAGGAAUAUCAGGAAGAAGACUUCUCAGACAUCACUCCUGAGGACAUAAAAGACCAAGAUGGCAACAUGGGCAUCAACAAGCCUGUAAAUUCCCCGGUGUUCACAUAGGAACCACCAGCAGGGUGUUAAAAGUAACACUGAAGCAAGUGUUAGAGUUAAUUAGAUACUUAAGUGAUUAAUUAAGUGAUGAUUGUUUGAUUACUGAAGACACCUGAUGAUAACGAGCAGAAUCACUGAAGGAAAGAGAAAAAUAAUAACUAUAUCUGUCUUCCAACCACAGCUUUAGAUGAAAUCAACUGAAAAGACAUUAAAUCUCUCUU